GUUUGUCGAGACGGAGAGCUUCGGUCGCCUGUAUGCCACUGGUGACCUCGGUCGAUGGACGCAGGGGGUGCUGGAGGUCAUCGGCCGCAUCGAUCGCCAACUGAAGGUGAACGGUGUCCGUGUGGAGCCGGAAGAGGUCGAGUCCGCCCUCCUGAAGUACAUUAUACGGGAUGGGGAUCCAGAGCCCCAGAAGGAUCACGUGCGGCCUGUGGCACGAGCUGGGGUGGUGGCAACCAGCUCGCCCCAACAGCUCGUGGCCUUCGUAACGCUCCGCGAGGGCAUACACCUCCAAGUGGCUGACCUGCACAAGCACUGCGAGAGUCUCCUGGCACCAGCCUACCUCCCAAAGCAGAUCGUGAUUCUUAGGACAGGCAUGCCGUCGCUGCCCAACGGCAAGAUAAACUUCGCAGAGUUGAAGGCCAUGGCAGAUGAACUCAUCUUGGAAGCUCCCAAGACUGUCCUCGAUUCCCUUGGACAGAUGAGGUCCAUGUCAAAGUGGGCUCUGUUGGAGAAUGAGAUGAUUCACCGGUGUUAUGCUUUUUGGAUGGUUGGAGUCCUGCUGGACCACUAUGCGAUGUGCGCGAUGAUCACAGACCCGAGCGACCCGUCAAGAUCUCUUCCCUCGUGCACGGCGCUGGCAUCUUCCAAAGUGGCGCCCUGGUCAGAGGCGCUGAUCCGGUCCAUCGGCAAUGACCAAGACCUCUUUGGCUUCAUCAUGCUCGGAGCUUAUCAAGACUCCCGGCGCGGCAAGCGGCUGCGCCUUUCUUGGAUCGAUCUGUACAUCUUGGGUAUAUACCUCUUCAUGGCGAUGCCCCUACCCCAAGUAUGCAAUGGGCUCACUGCGGGUUUUGCUUACCCCACGGAGACGUGGCAAGCAAAAGUUGGAAGUAUGAAGACAGACGGUUGGGACCAGGCAUACAUGGAACAGGCGGACGUAACCUCCGGCCACCGGUGGUACCUCUUGAUGAUUGUGCAAGCGAAGAUGUUCGUGGCCUUGUGUGACCUGGCGCGGAUCCCUGCUUGGGCACAGGUUUGUAUUGCCGCCUUGUGGAGCUGCAUGGGACCGAUGUAUGGAGGAGAUGUUUGCCAAGCCGGACUGGGCCCGGACGCAAAGUUCUUGCUUACCUGGCUCCUGGACAGCUGCUGGAUGUGGAUCCGAUGGGUGGAAUGGUACGCGACUUUCUACGUGUUCUGCUUUCACUACCUGCGCCCCAUCGUUGCUUGGCUCUCCCAGCGGCUGCCAAAGGGACCCACAUGGGCUUGCUUGGCGACGGCAAGCAGCAUGCUCUUGGGCAUGUUCAUGGCACUUUUUCAUUAUCCCAGCGUGGUGCUGGAAAGUGGAGAGAACACGCGUUGGCUCAUCCUUGAGCUGGCCGCAACGAUGCUGCAGCCGGCCCUUUUCGCAAUGGGCACGUCGUACUGGACGGUGAACGCAGGAUGGUGGGGAAACACAACCCUGGGCUGCUACGUAGUCCACUUCCUUUUCCGUGACCGGAUGACUGAGCUGUUUCGGAACUUAGCUUCCCUACUGAGUUGGGAUUCCACGGGCCUCUUGCUCCCAGCAGCAAUGCUGCUAGCAUGCUUCGCAUUUACCAGCACCGUGGGCCCCUUUGGCCACUACCUCCUCAUACUGCCCCAGCUGAGCUGGGCUUACCGCAAGAAAAAGACAGGACACCAGAAGCGCUCAAGCAGGAAGUCGCGACCUUUGCUAUGUAUGCUAUGGAAGGUGCUUGGAUAG